UAAUCGAUAUAUUAUAUCUAAUUAUAUGUCAAGUUCAGAACUUAAUGAUCUUAUGGCAUAAACUAUAUUAUAACACUAUGUAUUUUACUAACAGAUAUUUGCAAAAUGAAGACUCUUCUUCUGCUAGUGGUUGUCUGUUCUUCUGCAUGUGUUGUAAAAUGCAGUUCUAGUUCCAUAAAGUCGUGGGCUUGUAUAGCUUGGCAGUAUGCCACGUUUAACUCUGAUGCUAAAUGUUCGCUUGGCAAAAUGCAGGACGCCUACGAUGAAAUGAAGGAUUCGAACUGUAUGCAUUGUGACAAGUACUUCCACUGUAUGGGCAACUACAACGCUGUAUAUCGAUGUCAGCAGAGUUACAAAAACAAAGAGAUAGCGGAAGAUGUAAGCAACUGCCGAGAAUGGGGUCAAGACUCACCUGACAGCGCCGCUGACCAAGCAGCCAAUCGGUAUGGCCGUGAAGGCUGGGAUUGUGCCAGUAGAUAUCUGUGUAACGUCAACUGUAUGUACAGUCCGACAGAUCGCACAUGCAGCCGACUUAACUGUCUUUAGACCACAGACAUUAAUCACAGGACACAACAGUAAACAUAUUAAAUAAUUUACCACAGAAAUAUAUAUGUGAUGGCAUUCUUAAAAGUGUGUAUGCAUGUAUGUAUGUAUGUAUGUAAUGUAUGUAUGUAUGUAUGUAUGUAUAUAUGUAUGCACACACACACACACACACACACACACACACACACACACACACACACACACUGGUGGCA